CUGCUUCAGGAACAGCUCGAACUCAACAACAGAACAGAACGUUUCAGAGAAGAGCUGAAAUACAACGUCACAACAUUUGUGACCGAAUUCCCGAAAGCUGUUGAGAAAUUUCUGAAUAUAACCCAGAACAAGAAUGUGACGCGCAAGGAAAUGAUGAGGCAGCUUAGCAAUAUGGAAAAAGAAAAUUUUGAGCUGUUUGGUGCGGUGAAGUCGGCUUUCCUGGCGCUCAGACCGUACCACUAUCCUCAACCAUCUCGAUUCUAUCAGUUCCGAAGAAAUUGA